UUGGGCGGGGAAGAAUGAGUGACGGACGGGCCGGACGGUCCCCCUCCACUUCCGGCGUUUGAUACCGGCUUCUACUUAGACUUAAGGUAAUCGUUGCAGCGACUGGGUUAGGCGCCGAGCAGAGAGACUACGGAUCAGGCCGGCGGUAACCGGCAGGGCAGCCGCCCCCAGCUCCCGGCUGGGGGCCUUGGGAGGGACGGCUCUGAAUUGCGUGUCUCUCAACCAUGGAUCACGACGACCCGGCCGAGGCGUUGACUGCGGUGCGCGAGAGGCGGCCGAGUUUGCUGGAGCUAUUGCAAGUGGCGACAGGCUCCGGAUUGGUUGCCUACACCGUGUGGGCGCUGCUUCUGCAGCCGGGCUUCCGCCGCGUGCCUCUAAAGCUGCAGGUUCCCUACAUUGGUGCGAGUGCCCGGCAGGUUGAGCACGUGCUGUCGCUGUUACGAGGCCGCCCUGGAAAAAUGGUGGAUCUAGGCUCUGGUGAUGGCAGGAUCGUGCUGGCGGCCCACCAAUGUGGUCUCCGUCCAGCUGUGGGUUAUGAGCUGAACCCGUGGCUUGUGAGACUUGCACGGCUGCAUGCCUGGAGGGCUGGUUGUUCUGGGAGUGUCUGCUACCAUCGGAAGGAUCUCUGGAAGGUGAGCCUCAGAGACUGUCACAAUGUGUCUGUGUUCCUGGCCCCCAGUGUGCUCCCACUGUUGGAGGGUAAGCUGCAAAAAGAGCUACCUGCAGGGGCCCGUGUGGUAUCUGGACGUUUCCCCCUUCCCACCUGGCAGCCUGUAGCUGUGGUGGGUGAGGGCGUGGACAGAGUCUGGGCCUAUGAUGUCCAUGGUGCUGGGCCAGCUGUGUCUUCUUGUGGGGUGCCCAGCAAGGCCAUCCCAGAGUCCAGUUCUACCUCCCUCCCUAGGACUUCAGUUUGACAGGCUGGUUGACUGGAUACAAUAAAGACUGUGGGUUCAA